CUUGGGAUCUGAUCCUUGAACUCAGACUCAAGGAGCAAUUUCAUACAUGUUUUUCUUUUCGGCAGCCCAAGCCCAUUCAUCAGGCUGCCGGAAUAAAAAGACCCCUACACCUAGACACACACACUCUUGCAUAUCUACGCACUACUAACGUAGUAUAUUCGUUACAUACUUCUCACUUGUAACACAAGAAGACUCGAAUAUCCUUUUUUCUUGAAUAAAAAAUCAUACUACACACCAUCUUUACUAAAAAAUUAAAAUAAAAAAAAUCAUACUACCACGAUACCAUCAUCCUCAUGUAUGUAUAAAGCCAUUUGUGAUGGAACACGUUUUCCCAAUAUUCAUAUUUGUUUUCUGCUUAAAUUUACAGUUUGGAGGUAAAUUCCAAAGAAUUGAAAAAACAAAAAAACAAAAAAACAAAAAAAAAAACAAAAAACAAAAAAAAGAAGAAGAAGAAAGGAAUUACAAGAUUAGCGGUCCUUGAUCCACGAAUUAUCCAACGGACUCAAAUGCGUCAGUCAGGAACUGCUUUCACUGUCGCUGUCGCUGUAUCUUCUUCAUAAACCUCUCCCUCCAUCGCCAAACCCAAUCUUUUACAGCAAGGGUUUAUCCAUAUCCCAUAAACCCUAACACAAAAUCCCAAAUGAUACUCCAUCGCUCAGCAACAACAAUGCUUCCACUCUACAAACUAUCGUCAUCUCCCCCUAAACUCUUCUCUCAAUUCAGAUAUUCCUACUCUGUUGUCUCCAAUUCUUCAUCUUCGUUCCGGAUUAGCUUGCUUUGGCUGAGCCACCCCCGCCGUUUCGGAACCGUCACUACCGCCGCGUAUCGGAAAGAAGGAGGAGAUACGUUUUUCACUGAAGAAAGCGUUUCAUGGACUUCCCUUGGAGUAUCCGAUAAGGUUUCUCAAGCUCUCUACAAUGCCGGCCUCGGCCAACCAUCUCUGAUUCAGGCUGCUAGCAUACCAUCUAUACUUUCAGGAAAGGAUGUGGUGGUUGCAGCUGAAACUGGUAGUGGCAAAACGCAUAGCUUCCUUGUCCCUCUAAUUGAUAAGCUAUGCAAUGAACAGAACGAUUCUGCGAAUAUUGCUUCUUCUGAUCAAGGAGUCUCCCAACCCCGCAAGAUUUCUCUUGUUUUGUGUCCAAAUGUAACACUGUCUGAGCAAGUGGUUCGGAUGGCAGACGGUCUUUGUGACGAAAAUGGCAAACCACUUCUAAGUGUUGUAUCCCUAUGUGGGAGACAGGGAUGGCGGGUUAAUGAACCUGAUAUUAUUGUUUCAACACCAGCUGCUCUUCUGAAUAAUAUUGACCCAAAAAAUUUCCGUCGUACGGAUUUUAUACGGAGUGUAAAAUAUGUGGUGUUUGAUGAAGCGGAUAUGCUUCUCUCUGGGGGCUACCAGAAUAAGGUUAUCCGUCUCAUACACAUGCUCCGCUUUGACGAAAAGCUAUUGUCACGGUCAAAUGAACAAAAUCUACCAGAAUCUGAAACUUCAUCACAUUUCAGUUCAGAAGAUGAAGACAAUCUGCAGGAUGAAGAUUUGUCAGAAGAAGAGGGAGAUGCUGUGGAAAAUGAUGACUUAGAUGAGGAGCUAGAGGCAGGGCAUGUCAAAAGUACAGACUGGAGGAGAGUGAGAAAAGUUUAUAAGCGCAGUAAACAAUACAUUUUUGUUGCAGCCACUCUUCCAGUAAAUGGAAAGAGAACUGCCGGGGCAGUGUUGAAAAAGAUGUUUCCCGAGGCCAAUUGGGUUAGUGGAAACUACCUCCAUUGUCACAACCCCAGAUUAAAGCAAAGGUGGAUUGAAGUUACUUUUGAUACUCAAGUGGAUGAACUUAUAAAGGCUGUGAAGCAUGGAUUUGAGUCGAGAUCAGUUUCUGGUCAGUGCCGAACAAUGGUAUUUGCAAAUACUGUGGAGGCUGUGGAAUCAGUGGCAAAGAUAUUGAUGAGAGGUGGCAUUGAAUGCUACCAUUACCAUAAAGAUUGCUCCUUGGAAGACCGAGCAAAGACAUUGGCUGAUUUCCAAGAGAAAGGUGGUAUUCUUGUGUGCACAGAUGCUGCUGCACGUGGCAUUGACAUUCCAAACGUAUCACAUGUUAUCCAGGCAGAUUUUGCCACUUCUGCUGUGGAUUUUAUACACAGGGUUGGUCGAACAGCCAGAGCUGGUCAAUACGGACUUGUAACUAGCAUGUAUACUGAAUCCAACCGAGAUCUGGUUGCUGCAGUUCGUCGAGCAGGGGAACUUAGUCAGCCUGUGGAGACAGCAUUUAGCAGGAAAAGAAGCUUUCGAAAUAAGCUUAAGAAAAGAGCAGCUUUGCAAAGGAUCACAGAUUCACGAGCUGAUGAAGAGCGUGUUCUAGCAUAGAAUGGCUAGCAGGUUUUACGAAAAUCAAGCUCAUUAGAUGUUGAUGAGGAUGUUCUAGCAUAAAAAAGCAGGUUGUGAGGAUAUUUAUGUGUAAAGAAGCAUACACCGUUGAUCUUUAUAGAUUUUUUACUUUUUUCAACAAUGAUUUUGUGCUUCAGUAACUUCUCAAUUGCAUUUGAUUAUUAAUAUGGAAA